GCUUGCCAGGUUACUCUCUUAUGAUGGCGGGGAAGUCACAUGCUUCUGACAACCCUCAAGGAAGCCAGGAAAAGAGCAGGAGAGAGAUUCUUAGGUCCACCAAGAGGGCAUGGACCCGCCUGGACGAACAGCUGCCUCCUGGCUCGGAAGAGGACAGCCGGGGUCUCACCAACGUCACGCUGGAAGAUUCCAAACGAGAAAGUAUUCAGCAGUGGGUGGACUCUGGAUUCUUUGUCUUUAUAAAUGAAAACUUUCAGCAAGGCAUCGACCACACCGUUUCUUUGCAUGAACAAGGAAUGGUUCAGAUGACCGUGAAAGAUUACAUGAGAUCUCUGCAUCAGUUUUCAGAAACUCCUACCCUAUCCAGAGGGACCAGUUUCAAUUCUUGCCAUUCUGCUGCAAGUAUACCACAAAGCAUCCCUGAAUGGCUAGAAUUUUGGGAAAAAGAUCCCGUGGAGAUUCUCUUGGAUCUGGGGUUUGGUGCUGAUAAGCCAGACAUCUACACACAAAUCCCGGCCAGGUUCCUUUGUUGUGGCUCUGCAGCCAAAGGAAUCAACAUCCGUGUGUUUCUUGAAGCUCAAAAGCAGCGGAUGGACAUUGAGAACCCUAACCUGUAUGGACGUUUUCGACAGCUGGAAAUCCUGGACCAUGUGACCAAUGCCUUUUCAUCUUUGUUGAAUGAUGUUAACGUCCUACAGACCAAAUCUGAAGAGAAAAAUGGAGGAAAGAGUGUGGAAAAAGUUCCAGCGAGUGGGGCCAAAGAGCAUCAGAAAAGAAUGGGUGAGCUUCUUAAAAGGGCUUCAAAACUGAGCAUAAGGAGGGAUUGUAACUCAGAAGCAUUGGAGUCAUUGAAGAUGAAGGAUGAAUUUUUCAUCCCGUCUGCAAAACCAGAGGAGUGUGGAGCAGAGUUACCAGGGAUGGCAAACAACCAUGAACAAAAUCAUUCACCUCCCUUGACAGAGCACGGAUCUCUCCAAGCCCAUGGUGACUCACUACCUUGUCAUCCUCCCCAAGCUCUUCUGAGAAAGCGGUGGCCUGUCUCAUCCAGGCUAGCCCAGAGUACUCUACCUUCCAAUGUGUCUGAUGGGCCCGUCAAGGACAGAACUCGAAAGGAGGACUCAAUUCAGACUAACGAGCUCAAAAACUUGUCUCGUCUUGCAGGAGAAGCCCUGGACUCAUUCGAAAUGGAAGAGGUCCAGAGUUUUGAAGAAGACACAGGCCAUUCUCUUGACAUGACUUCAGAAACCGCAGGUCCUGGGGUAAACAGAGCAAACAGCUGUCAGUCUGGCAGCAGUGGGUUUCUGGAGGAGCCACCGGAACCACUGCCCCUCGAGAUACCUUUCUUGCCAAGCAGCCAAAGUCCUAGUGAGAAUGGGUGUGGAAAGCCCAGGGAUCAGAGCCACAGCUUAGCAUCAUCCCAGAACUGUCAGCAAGAGUCAGACGAGUCUGAUUCCAAGAGCAUGGUGAGCACAUCUUUUUCAAGCCAAGGCUGGAGCAUCUUGGAAGAAAAGACCUCAAUAUCUGUGGAGGAGGAAGAGACUCAGCUUGAUGCCAUGGAGGGCCCACUGGAAGUGUUGAUCCCAGAUAUGGCCAUGGACAAGACCACCGCUGAGGGAGCUCACCCAGGGAAGGACAUCCAUCUGCGGCAGCUCCCACCAAUGCCCAACUCUGAAUAUGAGGUUGUCAAAGAUGUAGCCAUUUCCAGGUAUGAUUGCCCUCUGGGAUUUGUGGUGUCUCACAUCACAGAAGUGAAAGACAAGUUUCUGAAACCAGAGGAAUCUGGGGAAGUGUAUGUGGAAAGCCACCACUGUGGGUCUCCAAGAUCACCCGGAAGUGAACAUGUUCAAGACAAGUUCCUUCAUUUUGACUCUGAGGCCACAAGAGGAGAAGAAAGCAACAAACUCUUUUCUGACGUCAACAACACCGUAAUGACACUAGAAAGUCCACCACAACUUUUCCGCAAGCACAGCGAUGUCACAUCCUAUACAAAGGAUCUCAUUCGAACAUGUGAAAAGUUCAUUCCCCACCAGGGUGAACUGGCUGGAGAUACGCCCCAAGCAAAGCCAAGGUGUAAUGCUUUGGACGAAAUAUUAUCUAGGGCAGAAGCUGUGAUGGGAAAUGUUUCUCCAAAUUCUGACUCAAACACUGGCAGCUCCAGGUCCGUGACAGUCCAUAUGUCCUCCAAUCUGAUGUCAGCUGCCCAGAGUGCUGUGGCCUUAGGGACAGACUCUAAAGGAUCAUCUUUAGAGUGCACUAUGUGUGACCCUAUUACCACAACAGGACCAGGGCUGGGGACAGAAGUGAGACAGUCCAGAGAUGCUUCUGUUCAGACUUAUGUUUGUGAACCCAGGACCUGGCACUGUUUUUCAGCCUCAAGUAACAAGGCCUUGGUACAUGGACACCAGCCCCUCAGCAAAUCUGUCUCUCUAGACACAGGUUUCCCUAAUACCUACUCAGUGGACACCUGCCAUGGCUCACCUGUCCACUGCUGCAUCUGCUGUCAUCAUCAUCCCCACUGCCACACAGAGGGGCUAGGCCCUGACCCUGCAUGCUCAGCCUGUAGACACCGCCUGGGCUCAUGUAACCAUCAUCCGGAAGCCAAGUUCAUGAAGACUUUGAAAGUCCUCCAGGACACUACAGUGAGAGAGCUAUGUUACUGCACAGUCCACGAGAUGGAAACCAUGAAGAUGGCGUGCCAGAGUUUCCGGGAGCAUUUAGAGGAAAUGGAACAGCACCUUAUGGGACAACAGGCGCUCUUUUCCAGGGACAUGUCAGAGGAAGAAAGGGAGGAGGCCAGGGAACUGCAGAUACUCCGCGAAGCCCUGCGGCAGCAGGUGGAGGAGCUGGAGUUUCAGCUGGGAGACCGUGCGUGGCAAAUCCGAGAGAGGAUUCUGUUGCUCGAGCUGCUUACAGGGGAACCAGCCGAACUCCAUACAAAUCUGCGCCAGCAUAACUGGACAGAGGAAAUAAAGGGUCAGAUGUCAUGUGUGGAACCACCACUCUACCCAGCAAUGGCCCCUGGAGCUACCUCUCCUCCCAAUGGUGGGCAGCAGGCUCCCAGCUCAGGUGUGGCCCAUGUGGCUGCCUUCACUCCUCCUGCCCUGGAGAGAAGCACCAGGGUGUCUCCUCCAUCACCAGCUCCAGCAGAGUCCGGUUCUGUGGUGAAAAGGAUACUAAAGACUUCCUCUAGAUCAGAGCAGAUUUGA